CGGAUAUGUUUUGGUGUAACACACAACAACAUCCAGAAGGGCUCCAAAAGAAGUGUCCCUGUCAGACAUGUGGAUGCUAAAUCGCAAAUCCUCCGCUCAUUUAAACACUCUCCGUAUUUGUUGUAGAAGGCAGAUUUCCUUGGGAGCCCUCUAGCUGCUUCUGAAUCAUGAGUGGCUCCAAGCCGGACAUCCUGUGGUCUCCCCACCACCCGGACCGAUAUGUCAUCUGUGACUCUGAGCUGGGACUGUACCGUAUUGGACCUGUGGGAAACUCAGAGACCAAGGCUGGCACUCUCCCUCUCUCUGAAGAAACUGCUGCUACUUUACUAGCCAUUAAUUCUGACACCCCGUACAUGAAAUGUGUGGCCUGGUACCCAAAGCAUGAGCCUGAGUGUUUGCUCGCUGUGGGCCAAGCUAACGGCAGAGUGGUGCUCACCAGCUUGGGUCAAAGCCACAACUCCACAUGUAAAGAGCUUGUUGGGAAAGAGUUUGUACCCAAGCACGCCCGUCAAUGCAACACUUUAGCCUGGAACCCUGUGGACAGCAACUUACUGGCUGCUGGGUUGGACAAGCACAGAGCAGACUUCUCUGUCCUCAUUUGGGACAUUAGCAGUAAGUACUCCCCAGAGGCCAGUGUAUCCUCUGAGAAGAUUCGUCUCUCAUCUGUGGAUUUGGACUCGAGCUCAGUGGUGACCAAACCAUUGUAUGAGUUAGGUCAGAACGAUGCUUGCCUCUCCCUCUGCUGGCUGCUUCGUGACCCAAAGCUGCUGUUGGCUGGCAUGCACCGGAACCUGGCAAUAUUCGACCUGAGAAACACGAGCCAGAAAACGUUUGUCAACACUAAGGCCAUCCAGGGGGUAACAGUCGACCCGCACUUCCAUGACCGUGUGGCCUCCUUCUACGAGGGCCAGGUUGCCAUCUGGGAUCUGAGGAAGUUUGAGAAGCCUGUGCUCACGCUCUCUGAGCAGCCUAAGCCUCUCAUUAAGGUGGCCUGGUGUCCAACCCGUAAUGGCCUACUGGCCACUUUGACUCGUGACAGCAACAUCAUCCGCCUGUACGACAUGCAGCACACUCCUACACCCAUCGGCGACGAGACGGAGCCCACCAUCAUCGAGCGAAGCGUGCAGCCCUAUGAAAGCCAGAUCGGCAGCUUCGCCUGGCACCCGUCCUCUCAAAACCGCAUGGUGGUGGUCUCUGCAGCCAACCGGGUCAUGACUGACUUCACCGUGUUCGAACGUAUCUCGCUGGCCUGGAGCUCCACCACCUCGCUCAUGUGGGCGUGUGGCAGACACCUGUACGACUGUGUGGAGGACGGAGCUGAAGGAGUGGACAGCGUGAUUGAGAAAGACAUCGCCACUAAGAUGAGGCAGAGGGCUCAAUCCAGGUACGGGCACGACACCGUCCAGGUGUGGAAGAACCACUUGUUGGCGGGAGGGAGUGACCCCCAGCUCAAGUCACUUUGGUAUGAUCUGUUUUAUAUGAAGCAGUGUGCAGAGGACAUUGAGCUGAAGCUGCAGGGGAACAAACAGUCCGUCGUCUACUCGGGGAUCAAGAACAUUGUUAAGACCACCUCAGGCACGACAGAGAGUCGCAGGUGCUGGAGCGGCUCAGAGCGGCAGUCAGACGUCCCGCGGUACCACAGCGAGGAGCGCUGCCUCUCACUGAGGCUCUGUGGCUGGAUCAGCAGGGGUCCCGACAUCGAUGUGGAGGUAUUCCUGCGAUCCCUGGAGCAGGAGCGGGAGUGGGAGCGGGCGUCCGCCGUGGCUCUGUUCAACCUGGACAUCCGCCGGGCCAUCCAGAUCCUCAACAAGGGAGCCACCGCCGAGAAGGGUGACCUGAACCUGAAUGUGGUUGCCAUGGCUCUGUCCGGCUACACGGACGAGAAGUCCUCCCUGUGGAGGGAGAUGUGCAGCUCUCUGAGGCUGCAGCUGAAGAACCCCUACCUCUGCGUCAUGUUUGCCUUUCUCACCAGCGAACCUGGAGCCUAUGAUGGCGUGCUGUAUGAGAGCAGUGUUGCUGUGCGGGACCGAGUAGCCUUUGCCUGUAUGUUCCUCAGCGAUGCACAGCUGCCUCGAUACAUUGACAAAUUAACCAAUGAGAUGAAGGAGGCGGGCAACCUGGAGGGCAUCCUGCUGACGGGUCUGACCAAAGAUGGCGUGGACCUCAUGGAGAGCUACGUGGACCUCACCGGAGACGUUCAGACCGCCAGCUUCUCCAUGCUGAAGGGUUCCCCAGGUGAAGUGUUGAAAGACCCCCGAGUCCAAUGCUGGAUCGAAAACUACCGCAACCUGUUGGAUGCGUGGCGAUUCUGGCACAAACGGGCCGAGUUUGACAUCCAUAGAGGCAAACUGGACCCCAGCUCCAAACCACUGGCCCAGGUGUUCGUGAGCUGCAACUUCUGUGGCAAGUCUAUUUCCUACAGCUGCUCGGUGAUGCCUCAUCAGGGCCGCGGAUUCAGCCAGUACGGGGUCAGCGGCUCGCCCACCAAGUCAAAAGUCACCAGUUGCCCCGGCUGCAGGAAACCGCUGCCACGCUGUGCCCUCUGCCUCAUGAACAUGGGCACACCUGUCUCUAACUGCCCAGGAACAGGGAAGUCAGACGAGAGGUUGGACUUGACAAGGGAAAACAAACUCGCUCAGUUCAACAACUGGUUCACCUGGUGUCACAACUGUCGUCAUGGCGGCCACGCAGGACACAUGCUCAGCUGGUUCAAAGAACAUACAGAGUGCCCAGUGUCUGGUUGCACGUGUAAAUGCAUGCAGCUGGACACCACAGGGAACCUGGUGCCUUCAGACAGCAGCUAAACAGGAGAAGCUUGUCGGAAAGUGAAGUCCAACACCCGCCCAAGCCAACCAGCGUGGGUUUACUGCUACACCCACCACACCGACAACUGGGCAAGGGACGAAGGGUGCAAGCAGGGUCCUCUUCUGCAGCAGCUGCUUAAAUAGAAUGGGACGCUGUUAAGUUAUAGUCUAGUGAAUGUAAUGUUGUAACUGAGCCCUAUAUGAAGAAGGGAGGCAGUGUGUGUGUGUGUGUGUUAUGGUUUAAUGUCAUCUAAUAAAAUAAAUCACAUUUCAGCUUGUAAAGAUGUGCUCAAAGGUG